AUGCUAUCCUAUGUAAAAUUUUUAAAGGAAAUUCUUUCCAAGAAGAGAAGGUUGGAAGAUUAUGAAACAGUUACUUUGACAGAGGAAUACACUGCUAUCCCACAAAAUAAGCUGUAUCCAAAGCUAAAAGAUCCCGGAAACUUCUCCAUACCUUGCCUCAUUAGUAACAUGAAUAUAGAUAAGGCCUUCUGUGAUCUUGGUGCUAGUGUGAGCCUAAUGCCCCUGUCUAUAUGUCAAAAGCUAAAUGUUGGGGAACUCAUACCAACUACUAUCUCAUUACAAUUGGCAGAUAGAUCUGUCAAAUAUCCAGUUGGCAUCCUAGAGAACAUCCCCAUUAAGGUAGGAAAAUGCUUUAUUCCUGUAGAUUUUGUAGUCCUGAAGAUGGAAGAAGAUGUUCAGAUUCUCAUAAUAUUGGGAAGGCCUUUCUUGGCAACCACUGAAGCUAUUAUAGAUUUAAAAAAUGGGCGGUUAACUCUCAAGGUGGGAUACGAAAAAGUGAAAUUCAACUUUUUUAGAGCAAUGACGCAUAAAACUGUAUCUGAUGAAUGCUUAAGGGUUGAUGUCAUAGACAAGCUAGUAGAGGAGGAAUUUCAAAAGAGAUAUCCUGAAGAUCCUCUUAAAGCUUGCAUAGUACACAACUACACAGUGGAGAAUGAAAAUAAAGAAAUUGUAGCCUAUGAACAAUCUUUGGAAGCUAGCCUACCUUUACCUUUAGUUCAAGCACUACUAGUAGAAGAGUUAUAG